AUGGUGAUUGUGACCAUGAGACCGACUUGUAAGUUGGUCUCAUUGUCUCAAUCACCGUUUGAAAAGCUUAAAGCGGAAAAGACACUAACACAACCUCAGCACGACCAGGACCAUCACAUCGGACACAGGCCUAUCGCGGUACUAGAUGGAGGACCGAAGACAAGAAACCGUGAUGGAGGAAGAAGAAAGCCGUGCUGCUUCAGUCUUUGGCAUCAAUGACGAUGAUGCAGACGAGGACGCCAGCAUCGAGACGGCCCGGUCUUGGGUCGUGAUGGUGUCAGCCUUCCUCGUACAGGCCAUCCUCAUCGCCAGCACAUACCUCCCAAGCAGUUACUACAUCAUCUUCCACGAAGAGUACGAAACGGGCCUGGGCAUGGUCUCCUGGAUUGGAGCUAUGAACUCAUCAUUGUUUUUAUUCAUUGGGCCUUUGAGCAGUACCCUGUGUGAGUGGUUUGGUUCCCGCAUGGUCCUCAUCACGGGAGCCCUCGUCGCCUCCAUGGGAAUGCUCAUAUCUGGGUUUGCCGCUCGCAGCGUCCCCGUCCUUAUUGUCACCAUGGGAGUCAUACCAGGUCUCGGUAUAGGCCUCGCCUUUACCCCAUCCGUCAUCAUAGUCGGCUACUACUUCGACAAGCACCGGAUACUCGCUACAGGCUUUGCCAUGUCGGGUAUAAGCGCGGGAAUCUUUUUCUAUCCGCCAAUAGCUCAAUGGCUGAUCGAGAUAGUUGGUUGGAGGUCAUCUCUUGUCAUCAUGGCUGGAUUCCCUCUACAGGCGAUCUACCUUGCCAUGCUGAUGAAGCCGGUCAAAGCCAAGGUGAUGGCCAAACUCAUGAGGAGAGAACGAAAACAGAAGGGCUACGUGACGCAGGCGAAUCAAAAAGACAUCCGUGCUCAUAUAGAAAUAUUACAAAAGAAGAAGUUCUUGGUGCUAUUACUCGUGUAUCUGUUGGUGACGUUUGGGAUCUCGGCAGUAUUCUAUCACAUGAUCGCAUUCGCCCAGACUCAAGGGUUUAAGGGGCAAGAAGCUAGCAUGCUGUUCUCAACCAUAGGGAUAGCGAACCUCGGCGGCAGGUUGUUCUACUCCGCCAUCGGGCAACAUCCCAAGGUUCCAGUCAAUUGGGCGCACUUCGUCUCGUUCGUCAUCGCUGGACUAGUCACGCCCAUGUGUGCCCUCAUCCAGGGAUCCUACGCGGGCUUCAUCAUCUUCGCCAUCAUUUUCGGUUUCUUUGUGGCCCCUCAUGGGGUCUACAUGCCGGAUCUUGCCGAACAGUUUCUCGGACUCUACCAUUUUGGGAUUGGAUUUGGUUAUAUUGCCAUGAUGGCGGGGGUCGGGACAUUAGCAGGUCCACCAGCUGCAGGCUUUAUAUACGACAGCACAGGGUCAUACCGGUGGACCUUCGUGACAGGAGGUGUCUCCAUCCUCCUCGGAAUGGUCGCCUUUGCCGCCAUCGCCAUCCGCUGCAAUGACCUGCCGUGCCGCGCGCGGGAAAAGCCCAAUGAAAUGGAAUGUGAGACGAUCGACAGGCCAGCAGCAAAACCUUGAGAUUACAUCUUAAGCCACCAUUAGAGAUAAGUCGGGAUAAAAUCACGGUUAGUAGUUCGCCGGGAUCAAGCUGCUCCUAUCUCUUGUUUAUCGUCGGGUGUUUGGCUCGUAGGCCUACUGUCGUCUGUCUGGACGUGUCGUCUCUGAAGACGAAUGUUGAUGUUAGAUGAGGGAAUGAUGAACUUUAUUAGUGGAAAUAAACAUAUUGACGUAUCUGCUAAAGCCUCUGCAAGCAGCUUCAUUCACCUAUGGUAUGAUGAUUAAACUUCGACAAGAUGUAUGAA